AUGGCAAGGUUUCUCUCGAGCUUGGUGGUGGCGGCGUUUGUGGCGGUUUUUGGACCGGUGUUAGGUUUUGUGGUUAGACGGAAAUGGAGGCGUUCGGUGGCGAGGAGGGAGGAGAUCAAGAGGUUGUUGGUUUUGGCUUCGGAGAAGGCAGCUAGGGUUGAGCUACAAGCCGCUGAGGAAUAUGGGUAUGGUUAUGGGUAUAGGUAUGAGUCGCUGAAGGAGGAGGAUGAGGUGUUUGUUGAAACACCGGCAUCAUCAGCACCACCACCAACAAUUUCAACAUCAUAUUCUGGUUCACGGCAAUUGCAGUACCAAUGUGCGGUUUGCUCAUCUCCAACCUCUACUCGGUGCUCCCAAUGUAAAGCAGUUCGCUAUUGCUCUGGCAAAUGUCAAAUCCUUCAUUGGAGACAAGGUCACAAGGGUGAAUGCCGUCCAGUUAGCAACUUGGAUCACCUCAAUGAUGUUGAGGCAAAAUCUCAUCUGAAGACGUAUAAGCAGGAAUCGGAUGGAAGUCAUCUUAAGAGCACUGAGGUUGAAGGGAAACGUUCUUCAGAAUCAGGCGAUGCUUCCCCAGAGGAAGCUGCACUUUUGAGAUCCAAAUACUUUGCAACAUCUGAUGGAAAACAUGACACAGUUGGACAGAGUCUGACAGAUUCAAAAUGUCUCAAUUUGAACUCCAGUUUCGUGCUUCAUUCAUCUUCAUGUGAACAUUUGGACCUCUCUACUUCAAGUGGAUCUUCUGUUGAUCAUUCUGCAUCUGAUUCAAAUGACUCUGAUGCUUCUGACAGUCAUAGGUCUGCUGUUAUUGAUACAGUUAAGAUUCAGACUAAUCAUUCCAAGGUAGAAAGAUUUAAGCCAUCCUACACAGAGCAACCCCAACUGGUACAAACUGCAGAUAAUGAUUCCACGUCUGGAAAAUAUACUCACACCAAGCCUAGCAUUCAUGAGGACACGCAGUCUAAAUAUUGGACUUCAUCAACAAGUUCAGGUACUGAUGACUCCAGUGAAUCUUCAUUGACAGCGCCGUCUACACCCUCAUCUGGUUUUUGGGAAGGACCAGUUCCUUAUACUAGAUCUAGGAUUGGUUCACUUGAUAGUAUUGCAGAUCCUCCUUCCAAAAAUGCUUGUGACAUCAAGAUUUCAGACUCUCAAUCAACUUCAUGUCGGCCCCCUGAAAUUGCUAGACCUCUUAUACCUGAGGCAGGCGAACAAGGACCGAACUCAAAAACGAAUCUGGAAAAUCCAACUCCAAUUAUGGUGGAAGUGCUGAAACCAGUCAAUCGAGCUGAAUCAAGAUUUGAAAUUAAAGACCAGAAAGAAAGUACCAGGUCAUCAGCUUCGCGGUCUGUAACUUCGGAUCAGCUUGAUGUGCAUGGCUCCCGUGAUAAAUGCACAUUGAUCUCUGAGGAAGGUAGAUACUCCUCAUCUAGUGCUUCUGCUAAUUUAAAGAAGCACGAUGGGUUGAAAGUUAGUAGCUUGCGAUCCUCAAGCCCCAGCAAGUCUUAUCGUGGCGUUGAAGGCUCUACCAGUGCUCUACAAUUGUCAAAAGAUAGACAAAAAGGAUCUUUUCCUGCCAAAAUUUCUGAUAAUAUCUCUUCUAACAAUAGGCAUGAUAUCCAAAAUGUGAAGUCAGCAAAGAUCAAUGGCACUCAAGUGGCCAGUGCCUGUUCGGCAGAGUCUAGUGCUCCAUUACCAAAUGCAAAGAAUGGCUUGAAGUCAUCUGUUUUAAAAGUUGUUGAUCAGCUCAGGAGUUCAAAGCUGACACGACUUAAUUCUCUAGGGGAAGAGAGUGAUGUCAAUGGAAGAUAUGGCAACAAGGCUCUAUUUCCUUACGAAAGUUUUGUGAAGCUUCAUAACUGGAAGAAUGAAUUGCGGCCAUUUGGCCUUGUAAAUUGUGGUAACAGCUGCUACGCUAAUGCUGUCCUUCAGUGCCUGGCAUUUACACCACCACUUACUUCAUAUUUUCUUCAAGGGCUCCACUCUAAGACAUGUGAAAAGAAAGGGUGGUGCUUCACAUGCGAAUUCGAAAGUUUAGUUCUAAAAGCAAAAGAUGGGAACUCUCCCCUAUCUCCUAGUAGUAUAAUUUCCCAUCUCGAAAGCAUCGGGAGCAAUCUUGGUAAUGGUAGAGAAGAAGACGCUCAUGAAUUUCUUAGGUAUGUAAUCGACACAAUGCAAUCCAUUUGCUUGAAGGAAGCUGGGGUUACUGCACCUGGCUCUUUUGAAGAAGAAACGAGUCUCAUUGGGCUUACAUUUGGGGGCUAUCUUCGUUCAAAGAUUGAGUGCAUGAGGUGUGGGGGAAAAUCUGAGAGGCAAGAGAGAAUAAUGGAUCUUACUGUUGAAAUAGACGGAGAUAUAGGCACCUUGGAAGAAGCUUUGAAACAAUUUACUCAUACUGAGACUCUAGAUGGUGAAAACAAGUACCGAUGUGGCAGAUGUAAAUCAUAUGAGAAGGCUAAGAAAAAGUUGAAAGUGGUGGAGGCUCCUAAUGUCCUCACUGUUGCAUUGAAGAGAUUUCAGUCAGGUAAAUUUGGGAAGCUAAACAAGACAAUCAAAUUCCCAGAGUUUUUGAACCUGGCACCAUAUAUGAGUGGGACAAGUGAUAAGUCACCAGUUUAUCAGCUGUAUGGAGUUGUGGUUCACCUGGACGUAAUGAAUGCUGCAUUUUCUGGUCACUAUGUGUGUUACGUGAGGAACUUUCAGAAUAAGUGGUAUAAAGUUGAUGAUAGUUCGGUAAAAUCUGUGGAACUAGAAAGAGUCUUGUCGAAGGGAGCGUACAUGCUUCUUUAUUCAAGGUGCUCGCCACGGGGGCCGAGGAUAAUGAGGAGUUUGACAAUUCCUCGUGAUCCAAGGAGAUCAAAGCAACCGACUUGUAAAUCAAGAUCCCAUACAAGAAGUCCAUGGGACUCUUCUCAUGGCGAUUCAACUAGUAAAACUUGCAAUGAAUGUGCUUAUCCUAGUCAUACAAGUGUGAGGCCUAUUAGGUCAAUAUUUGAGGAGGACACUUCGAGUGAACAGUCAUCUUUCUUCUCUGAGCUUGGUUCUUGCAGUACAGACAGCACUAACAGGGAUUCAACGAGCACAGAUGACUUAAAUAUUGAUAUAUUUGGCGACUCUGGGGUCUGUUGGAAUAGCCUCUGGAGGAGUUCAUCUGAUUCUGACACAUCCUCAUCCUCAUCUUCUCCUUCCCCUCUGUACUCAAGGCAUUCACCCCUUGCUAAUUUGGACCGUUAUGCUUCUGCGCAUGAAGAGACCAGUUGCAGUGGCAACCCAGAAACAGCUGGGGAUGGUCAGGGUUUUUGGACAGGGUUACAUGAUCGUAACGGUUAUACUGGCAUUCCAGAAACCAGCGGAAGGACACCUCCUCUCUGUCCCAACCCAACUAAACAUUGUAGAAAAGUAGUUAGUAGUCAUAGUAGUAGCAAGACCGACUCCAGUAGAUUAGGUCGGGUUAACCCUUGUGACAAGUCGAAAUCUCCUGUAACUUGUAGAGAUCGAUGAGGGAAGAAGGUGCCUUUUGGACAUCGGUAUUAUAAAGUAUUUUUGUAUUCUAGAGGGAGGGAAAUAAAAGAAUUUGGGAGGCACAGGGGUUUAGGGAGUAGUUGUAUGUAUUAUAAUACAUUGGCUUUUAGCUGUGUUCAAAACAACAAGGGGCCAUAAUUUUGUCACUCUCUUCCCCUUUAAUAUAAUCUAUUGUCCAUUUCCUGUAAUCCAUUGUUUAUCAAAUGUAAACAAGAUACAUAUUGACUUUUGAAGUAAAAGAUCUCUACUA